ACACCACGAAAUUUGGUAAAUUGACCAAACCCAAAACAUCGUAAGUUAAAUUGCAUUUUUAGAGCAAAUCUGUAAGCUCUGACGGCAGCUUAUAGAGGUCGUUGACGGCAAAGAGAGACACAAAUGUAUUCUGUUUGAGUUUGAAACAUUGAUUCGUUGUUUCCUCUGCAAAAUUAAAUCCUCAUUGUGAUUGUUGAUGAACAAUUGAAGUGUCUCUCCGAUUUGAGGAUUCCGGCGACAGCAAGCGAUGACCACCGGCGGCGACGGUGACACCUCCAAACAAGAGCUCUUCCACCUUAUCAAACGCUUCGGAGCUUGCGUCACUUUCAAGAUCUCCAAUCUGUUCUCUCUCUCUCUCCACGGCCUCGAUAUACGCUCUAUCGGGGCAGUUGCUGGUCUUGCUGUUGCAAUUGUUUUCACAUGGAGGCUGUUGAGAUCUCCUUCUGGGUCUCAACGGAGGCAACAAAAACGGCAAGGUCCUUCAUCUAGUAAUCUUGGAGUCACUACACAUUCAAAUGUGUCAGAUGUUCCUUCGGAUGCUUGUUCACCCUCAGAUGAUUCAAGGGCGCAAAAUGUUGUUGAUGAGUUCUUUCAGCCAGUGAAGCCAACCUUGGGGCAGAUAGUUAGGCAGAAGUUGAGUGAAGGAAGAAAGGUAACUUGUCGCCUUCUUGGAGUGAUCCUUGAGGAAAGUAGUCCAGAGGAGCUGCAGAAACAAGCUACUGUGAGGUCCUCUGUGCUAGAAGUAUUAUUGGAAGUAACAAAAUUUUGUGAUUUAUAUCUCAUGGAACGAGUUCUGGAUGAUGAAAGCGAGAAGAGAGUUCUUGUAGCAUUGGAAGAAGCAGGGGUAUUCACUUCAGGUCGUCUGGUCAAGGACAAGGUUCUGUUCUGCAGCACAGAGAAUGGACGGUCAUCGUUUGUUCGGCAAUUGGAACCUGAUUGGCAUAUUGAUUCAAAUCCUGAAAUUGUCACUCAGUUAGCUAGGUUUAUCAAGUAUCAACUUCAUGUAUCUCCUUAUAAAACCGAAAGAACUGCUGCAAAUGUGUUCAGUGCUCCAUCUCUGGAACAGUUCUUUGGAUCCAUAUGAAACUAAAACCACUACAAAUCAGAUGUUAUUCAUAAAUGUCUCCAAGUUUGUUUCUAUGUUCAUCUCGAUUUCCACAUUCACCAUAAGUUUUUUUCCAGUUUUACUAGAUGUAUGAGAACAAGGUUAGAUUUUUCUUAAAGAUUUAAGGUUCUCUCACUCUAGGUAGGUGAAAGACCAUAUGUGUAUGUUGAUGCUUUGAAGAAGUUUUACUAUUUUCUUUUUUCUUCUUUGUUUUGAAAUUUGUGCAUUACAUUGUAUCCCAUCCAGACAUUUUAGACUGGCAAAGUGACAAUUUUAUUAGAUAUUUGAUCAAGUUUCAUUACGUUAUACCAUCAUGAAUAAUAUUAGUGACCAUCUUCCAAA